CACAUUAAGCAGCUCAUAUUUUCAAACCUCUAGGAAAAAUGGUUCUUGCCUGUGUUUUAUUCAUGGCUUUACUUUCAAUGGUCUCAGCUGUUCAUGGAUAUGGCGGUGGUUGGACCAAUGCUCAUGCUACCUUCUACGGUGGCAGCGAUGCUUCAGGAACAAUGGGUGGAGCUUGUGGUUAUGGAAAUUUGUACAGUCAGGGUUAUGGGACCAACACCGCCGCUUUGAGCACUGCUCUGUUCAACAAUGGGCUCAGCUGUGGUUCGUGCUACGAGAUCAAGUGUGUCAAUGACGGCAAAUGGUGCUUGCCCGGUUCUAUUUUGGUUACGGCCACCAAUUUCUGCCCUCCCAACAAUGCCGGCGGCUGGUGCAACCCUCCUCUGCAACACUUCGAUCUUUCUCAGCCUGUCUUUCAACACAUUGCUCAAUACAGAGCUGGGAUUGUCCCUGUUUCUUACAGAAGGGUACCAUGCAGACGAAAGGGAGGCAUAAGGUUCACAAUCAAUGGCCAUUCCUACUUCAACCUAGUCCUCAUCACCAACGUCGGCGGCGCCGGCGACGUACACGCUGUGACCAUCAAGGGUUCUAGGACCGGCUGGCAACCCAUGUCCAGAAACUGGGGUCAAAACUGGCAGAGCAACAAUUAUCUCAACGGGCAAAGCCUCUCAUUUAAGGUCACAACGAGUGAUGGCCGUACUGUGGUCUCCUACAAUGUUGCCCCGGCUGGCUGGUCCUUUGGCCAGACCUUCUCCGGCGGCCAAUUCCGCUAGAUGAAAAGAAAAAAAACCUUUCUUCUUUAAUCAAAUACUAUCCCCAUAUACCAUCCAAAGUAGUAUUAGCUAGUAGACUAUACCAUGUUAAUGUGACCAUUAAAAGAGUCAUUUUUUC